AUGGCGCCUGGACAGGUGGAACUGCGCUCGACGGCGCGCAACGGCGGCUCGGACACCGGCGCCGAGCCAAAGCUCAACAAGAUCAGCUCGUUCAUCACGCAGUCGGCGGACAAGGGUGCGGCGCAGUCCAUGCUGCACGCAUGCGGCUUCACCACCGAAGACAUGAACAAGGCUCAGGUCGGUAUCACGUCCGUGUGGUGGGAGGGCAACCCGUGCAACACGCAUCUUCUCGAAUUCGGGCGCAAAAUCAAGCAGGGAUGCGAGGCGGUGGGUCUGGUGGGACUGCAAAACAACACCGUCGGCGUCUCGGACGCCAUCACCAUGGGCGGGCCCGGAAUGCAGUACUCGCUCCCCUCGCGAGAGCUCAUCGCCGACUCCAUCGAGACGAUCACCCUCGCCCAGUACCAUGAUGGUAACAUCAGCAUCCCCGGCUGUGACAAGAACAUGCCUGGCUGUAUGAUUGCCUCGCUUCGACACAACAGACCUACGAUCAUCGUAUACGGCGGAACCAUCCAGCCGGGAAAGCACGGCAUGGACAUGCCUGGUCUUGGCAGGAAGAAGGGCGACCCGUGCAAUGUGGCGGACAACUUCGAGGCGACGGGCGCUUACAGCAAGGGCUUGAUUACCGCCGAGCAGCGCGUUGACCUCAUCCGAAAUGCCUGUCCCGGUCCCGGUGCGUGCGGUGGCAUGUACACGGCCAACACGCUGGCGACCGCCAUCGAGGUGAUGGGCAUGGGUCUGCCUUUGACCAGCAGCAUCCCCGCUGUCUACCCCGAAAAGACGCAGGAGUGCCUCCGUGUCGGCGGCUUCAUGAAGAAUCUGCUUGCUAAGGACAUCAAGCCGCGCGACAUCAUGACCAAGCAGGCAUUCGAGAACGCCAUCACCAUGACACACAUCAUGGGCGGCUCCACCAACGCCGUGCUCCACCUGAUCGCCGUCGCGCGUGCCGCCGACGUCGACAUCACCAUCGACGAUUUCCAGCGCAUCGGCGACAAGACGCCCAUGCUGGCAGACGUCAAACCGUCAGGGAAGUAUUAUUUUGAAGACAUUCACAAGAUCGGAGGCAUUCCUCGCGUGCUUCGAUACAUCCUAGAGAACACGGAUCUGCUGCACGGCGAUGUCAUGACUUGCACGGGCAAGACGAUGCGCGAGAACCUCGCCGACGUCGAGCCGCUCGACUUUGAGUCGCAAGACAUCAUCCGUCCGCUCUCGAAUCCGAUCAAGGCCACGGGACACCUUACCAUCAUGCGCGGCUCGCUCUGCCCCGGCGGCGCCGUCUCCAAGCUCACUGGCAAAGAAGGCCUGACGUUCGACGGUACCGCCGUCGUCUUCGACUCCGAAGAGGGCAUCACCGAGGCCAUUGCCGAGGGCCGCGUCAAGGACGGUAACGUCGUCGUUAUUCGCUAUGUCGGCCCCAAGGGAGGACCUGGUAUGCCCGAGAUGCUUGGACCCACUGGAGCGAUCAUGGGUGCUGGCCUGGGCAAAACAGUCGCCCUCAUCACCGACGGCCGCUUUUCGGGUGCCUCGCACGGUUUCUGCACCGGCCAUGUCGUCCCCGAAGCCGCAGAGGGCGGGCCGAUUGCGCUAGUUCACGACGGCGAUCGCAUUACUAUCGACGCCAACACGCGCGAGAUCAACCUGCACGUCGACGCCGACGAGCUCAAGAGCAGGAUGGACACAUGGGUCAAGGAGAAGAAGGGCAAGACGCUCAAGGUGAAGCGCGGAUGGCUGUACAAGUUUGCGCGCGACGUGCAGAAUGCCUCGGAAGGCUGCAUCACCGACCGCGACCUGUUCUGA